AUGUCAGUUAUCGGUAUAUUAUUAUUGUCGUUUGUUGUCUUCGUCGGCGGUCAAAGUCUGGGAAAAUGUCCGAAAAAGGAGACUAUGAAGACAUUCGAUCCUAAAGAGUUUGAAGGACAAUGGUACGAAGUGGAGAAAACGUUCUACAUGAUGGAGAUGACUGCUAGUUGCACGUCUUUCAAUUUUACUUUAAACCCUGAUGGAACAUCGUACAAAGUACAUAUUGGAACGAAAAAUAGAAUAACAGGAAACCCGAAUAUAUUUUCUGGAAUGGCGACACUUGUAUCGAAAAGCAAAUCCGUACUCAACUACCAAGCCGAUAGUCGACUUCCUGGGUUGUUUUCGCGAAUGAUACCCACCACCGGUCUGUAUCACAUCAUGUACUCAGAUUACCACAACUAUACUGUCCUGUGGUCGUGUACGAGUUUUGGUCUUUUCCACACAGAUAUUAUUUGGGUUUUGGGAAGAGAACGAGAUCUCACAGCGACAUCCCGGGCUGAACUUUACAACUUAUUGUAUGAACUGAACAUUAAUCCCGACCGACUAAUAUUAUCUAAACACGAGAAAUGUGAAGAAUUUUUCUAAUUUUAAUUUAAAAUGAAACAGACGUUUUAAAUUUAAAUAAAAGUACUAGUCAAUACAGUAAGCUAAACUUGAAUAAUUUGUACCUAUGCUAGAUUAAGUAUAGGUACAUAAUACAAUGUAGUAUUAUAUGUAUAUUCGCUAAUGGACACUAAUUGACUAAUAUAAUAUUAUGUAUUAGCAGCUAUUGCAUUGAGACUUAGGUUGGUUGUUGAAAAAAACAUGCCUGUACUGUUUAAUAAUUUGUUAUAUUGUGUUCGAGUAAAAUUAAGAUCAUAAGUUAGUAUGCAUAACAAGUAAAAAAAUUCAUAUAAUUAUAAUAAAUACUAGUUCUACAAGAAAAAAAAAUGUUAUUUUUUUUAAGUUGAUGAUAAUUAUUAU